GUUUAUCAGCCCAAUUAUCUGUAUAUAAACCCUUCCUUUAUCCUAGGGUUUCACCUUCUGCCACAUACACACACAGGCGUUCAGCUGUCUCUCUCAUCACCCCUUCCUCCCUAUCUCCCAGCUACAAUCAUGGCGGAUAGAGGCGCAGGCGACCGCGGCGGCUUCGGCCGUGGAUUCGGGGGCCGGGGUCGCGGCGGAGACAGAGGCGGCCGAGGGCGUGGCCGCCGUCCCCGCCGCGAGGCGGAGGAGGAGAAAUGGGUCCCCGUCACCAAGCUCGGCCGGCUGGUGAGGGACGGCAAGAUCAAAUCCCUCGAGCAAAUCUACCUCCACUCCCUCCCAAUCAAGGAGUACCAAAUCAUCGAUGCCCUAGUUGGCCCGUCGCUCAAGGACGAGGUGAUGAAGAUCAUGCCGGUCCAGAAGCAGACCCGCGCCGGGCAGCGGACGCGGUUCAAGGCGUUCGUCGUCGUCGGCGACGGCAACGGCCACGUCGGCCUCGGCGUGAAGUGCUCGAAGGAGGUGGCGACGGCGAUACGCGGCGCGAUCAUAUUGGCGAAGUUGUCGGUGAUCCCCGUGAGGAGGGGAUACUGGGGUAAUAAGAUCGGGAAGCCGCACACCGUGCCGUGCAAGGUCACCGGAAAGUGCGGGUCCGUCUUGGUGAGGAUGGUGCCGGCGCCGCGUGGUUCGGGGAUUGUGGCGGCGCGUGUGCCGAAGAAGGUGCUUCAGUUUGCCGGUAUCGAUGAUGUCUUUACCUGCUCCCGUGGAUCGACUAAAACCCUCGGCAACUUCGUCAAGGCGACUUUCGAUUGCUUGUUGAAGACUUAUGGCUUCCUAACUCCAGACUUCUGGAGGGAGACUCGUUUUUCAAAAUCGCCUUUCCAGGAAUAUACAGAUUUGUUGGCAAAGCCGACCGGGAAGAUUCUACAUGUUGUGGACGAGGCCUAAGCUUAAGAAAUGAGGUGUUUCUUUCUUUUGUUAGAAUGUUUCAUUAUAGAUUGAGAGUUUGAAUUUUGUAUUUUUUGAUCGUUUUAUUUUAUUUAAGUCGAAAACGGGUCUCCUCCAUCCAGAUUUGGUUUGGGAUACUUCUGUUGCCAAAGUUUUGUUUCCAAUGCAGAGGAUUUCAACUA